AUGACUGCUCGGACUCCUUCAUCUGGAUUUCAUGAAGCAUCAUUUUCGGGAUUAUCUGAAGCGUCUAGUUUACCAGAUUGUUCAAGGUUUGGUGUACCAUCAGAUUCUAUGCCACAUACAAGUUAUUGUCAUUGCCAAUGUCAUCAACAUCAACGACCCCAUCUCCAUCUUCAUCAUCACCCUCAUCAUCAUGCGCAUCAUGACCAUCAUCAUCGUCACCAUCACCACCACCAUCAUCAUCAUCAUAGUGGUAGAAAGAAUCACGGGAAAAUGUCAAUUGAUGAUGAUAAGAAAUUCUCAUCAAAUCUUUAUACUCAUUCAUCAAAUCAAUUAACUGAUUUAGAACCAUGUUUCAAAUUAGAAGAGAAUGAAUUCAAUAUGAAUAAUGAUAAUAAUAAAAAUAAUCAUGAAGAAUUACAUCAGACAAUGAGAAAUAUCAGUAGUAGUGGAAGUAAUAGUAGUCACAGUAGUAAUGAUAGUAAUAGUAGUAGUUGUUCUUUGCAAUCAAUGAAAUGUACCCUACGAUGUUGUUCUCAACCAAAUGAUAAUACAAUCUAUGAUAAUAUGAAUUGUAAACAUUUAAUUCACUGUUCCAAUAAUAGUAAUAAUAAUGACGGUCAUGUUAGUAAACAGAAUAAUUAUCGAUCACUAUGUACACCUUUAGCUUGUACAAGUCUAACUCCGACUACUGCAAAUACUACUAAUAAUAAUAAUAUCAGUAGUAAUAAUGGUAAUAACAAUAACAACACCAACCAGUCAACGCCUUCCAGUGCCAUGACAACAACCGGAUUGAAACGUAGACGUGGACCAAGCGGUGAAUGUACUGAAUGCUUUGAUGAAUUACAUGAUAAUAAUAAUUAUAAUAAUUCACAUGAAGAAGACAAAGAACAAAUCCACGAUGAUAUAUUCCCAUGUGGAUGUUACUAUUGGAAGAGAAGUACAGAUCAAGUGCACAACAAUAAUAAUGAUGAUCACUUACGUAAUAUAUCUUCAGCACUGUUGAAUACAACACUAAAUGACAACAAUAAUCAUCCUAGUAGUAAUUGUAGACUAUCUACAACAGUUUGUUGUUCUUGUCAUGAAUUACAACAUUCACUAUUUUCUUUUUCGGAACACUAUCCAACGACAUCAAUCUACUCGUCUACAUCUUCUUCAUAUUCAUCGAGACAUUUAUGUAUGCCUGAAACAUGUGUUCAUCAAGAUGAUCCAACACUUAUUGAAGCUGAUUUCAUCAAUAACACUGAUGGUCAUGGUGAUGGUAAUGCAGAUGAUGAACAGAAUACUUCAACGUUAAUUAAACGUUGUACACAUUCGAAUACAAUGCCUCCUAUAAAUGUUGAUUAUAAUGAUAGUAAUAGUAACAAUAAUAAUAAUACAGAAACGAUGCAUGAUUAUUGUCCUAUGGAGUUAAUCAAUCCAUGUCAUAUUGGAUCACAUGAAGAUACGAUCAAGUGUAAUCCGUGUAAUAUUGUUAAUUAUGGACAAGAAUGCGAAUAUUCAUCCGGUGUAUUCUUUGACGACAGCUUCCCUCAUAAUCAUCAUCAUCACCAACAUCAACAUGCUCAUCGUUACACAUGUAGUGAGUUGGGUAAACUUUCUGAAAUGAUUGAAGAUGAAAAAGAACAUGAAACACCUGAAACUAUGAUUGAUGAAGGUGGUAUUUGUGGUAGUAAUCAUGUAUCCGAGGUCAAUUGGCAUCAUCCUGAAAUUUCAUUGACCUCUCCUCCAUCAAUUCAUGAUAUAACAUUUACACCGAUUUGUCCACCUUCACCACCACCACCACAACAACAACAACAACUACUAUCAACAGGAAUUCCUGUACACAAUCGACAUCAUGAUGAAGAUGAUGUUACUGGUCGACAAGUUAUCCUUUUCACGCCUUCACCGAUUGAUGGUUCAAACUUCUCAGAUGGGGGAGAAUCUGAGGAUAUUGAGACUAUUCUUUCACCUCAGAUGCCCAAUAGACAACGUAUUUUUUCUGAUUUCCCAAUUAAUGAAUCAAAUAAUAGUAAUAAUAAUAAUGACAAUAAUAAUAAUAUUAGUGGAAAUGAUAAUAAUAAUGAUAACAGUAGUAAACAGAUUUCAUCUUCUUUCAUUGAUCUUGACUUAGAAUUAAUUGAAAAUGACUAA